AGUAGAACACGAUACCAAAAUGGUAUUACGAGGAUUCCUUUAACUUCAGACUAAAAGUCCCAUUAAGAUACCUCCACGCGUUUGUGGUCUAUAUUUUAAUUUUGUGCAAAGAUAAGUCAGUACAUAAAUCACGAAAUAUGAGCACAAAACAUAGAUACGAACUACGAAGUCUGAACACAACUAUCAGACAACAAAUAUAAUUCAUAAAAUCAUGACAUCAUAAAUUGCAAACAACAAUCACGCAUUACAAACACGAUGUUCUUAUUUAUAAAUUACUGAGAAGUUAAUUUUUUUUUAUUAUUAUAACGUACAUACAUAUUACUCCACGUACGACAUAUUCAACUUUUAUUCUAUAAGUACUUACAUAUACUACUGUUCGAUAAAAUUAUAAUAAAACAAGUAAAACGUAACAUUUUUCAAUUCUCUAAAGAUCUAAAAGACGACAAUUAUUCGAUACUGCAUUUCAAAUGAUAAUCCGUUAACAGUAAUUUUUAAAGUAUAUUUAAACUUUUGAACUAUGACGUACUUGUAAACAUAAGUGAAGUCUGUUAUUAGUCACAUAAUUUAUCACAGUAAGAAUAUAUAUCUUAUUAACAUAAGAUUGCAAUGUGGUGUCAAUAUACUUUACUUGCAAUAUUUGUUGCAUUAUUGCAACCUUCUUCGCAAAACUUUUUAUUACACAGAUUUCACGAAGGUUUUAACAAACAAUUACGCAGUCAAAAUGAAUUGCACAGCGCGGAAUACAAAUAUCAGAUUAAAACGAUCGAAUUGCCAGUGGAUCACUUUAGUUUUGCCGUAGAAGAUACAUUUAAAUUAAGAUACCUUAUAAAUGAUACUUGGGCAGAUGAAAAGGAUGCAACAAUUUUCUUCUAUACUGGCAAUGAAGGCAACAUUGAAACCUUUGCUCAAAAUACGGGAUUUAUGUGGGACAUUGCAUCAGAAUUUAAAGCAUUAUUAAUUUUUGCUGAACAUCGUUAUUAUGGAGAUUCCAUGCCAUAUGGUAAUAAAUCUUAUAACGAUUCUCAACAUUUGGGCUAUUUAACAUCCCAACAGGCUUUAGCAGACUAUGUUGACCUCAUUCAAUAUUUGAGAUCCACACCAAAAUAUACAGAUAGCCCCGUAAUUGUUUUCGGUGGUUCUUAUGGUGGUAUGCUUAGUGCAUGGAUACGUAUAAAAUAUCCUCAUAUUGUACAAGGAGCGAUCGCAGCUUCAGCUCCCAUCCUUCAAUUUACUGGUGUUGUAACAUGUGAAGCUUUUGCACGAAUAAUCAGAUCAGAUUAUAAAGUAUCUCAUCCAAAUUGUCCAAUAAAUAUUAAAAAAUCAUGGAGUGUUAUUAACAAUAUAACGUCAAGUGACAAAGGGAAAAAAUGGUUAUCGGACAAUUGGAAAUUAUGUGAGCCAUUGAAAAAUGAAACUCAUGUGAAACAACUAAAAGAUUAUUUAGAAGAAAUAUAUACAAAUCUUGCUAUGGUGAAUUAUCCUUAUGAAGCUAAUUUCUUAGCACCGCUGCCUGCAUAUCCUGUAAAUGCUGUGUGUAAUCAUCUAAAAAAUGAGUCGUUAGAAGGAACAGACUUACUACUAGCGAUAAAUAAAGCAAUUAAUGUAUAUACUAAUUACACUGGCAAAACAAAAUGUGUAGAUUUGAAUGAUACUACACCAGAAUUAGAUGCUCUUGGUUGGCCUUAUCAAGCUUGUACAGAAAUGAUAAUGCCUAUGUGUACAGAUGGGAUAAACGAUAUGUUUGAACCUGAACAAUGGAAUUUUAAUGAUUACGCUAAAGAUUGUGAGAACAAAUAUUCUGUAAAACCACGGCCAAAUUUAAUUUGCGAACAAUAUGGAUGUACAGAUUUGUCAGCAGCGACAAAUAUUGUUUUCAGUAACGGUUUGUUGGACCCAUGGUCUAGUGGUGGAGUACUAAAGAAUUUAUCUUCAUCUGCAAUUGCAAUAAUAAUUCCUGAAGGUGCGCACCAUCUUGAUUUAAGAGGCAAGAAUGAAAAUGAUCCAUAUAGUGUUGUUUUAGCACGAAAGUAUCACCGUUUUUAUAUUAAACAGUGGAUCAAGGAAUAUCGUAAGGAAAAAAGGAACUUGGUUUAUUAAAUUUUCUUUGUUUUUAAAAUGUAAUAUGAACUUUUGAUAAAAUAUAUUAUAAACAAGUUUUCAGAUAAAAUAAACACAUUACAAUCACUCAUCUUUAUUUCAUAAAUUAUACACGUAAAA